AUGGCCACUCCGGCUGUUCCGACCGAUGGGGAUUUGGAUGAGCCACCAGCUACAUCGCCCGACUUCAACAUCAAGGCCAGACUCUGGAUAGCUACGACCAAAGCUAGACCGAGGAUGAGGGGACCCUUGAUUUUGAAGGCACUUAGCCUCACACCGUUCGAGGUCUACAAGCACUGGGCCAAGGACAACCAGUGGCUUCAGGACCCAACCAAUGCCGAGAAGCUCUUGGAUGACAUGAAUCGUCCUGAAAGGUAUGGAGAUGAUCAACAAGAACACAUGUUGACAGCGAUGUCCCGGGUGACAUACCACCUACGACGUCUCAAAGGCGAAGACUGGAGAGAGUUUUUCUCGAGGUGGGACACCGCCUUACGAAAAGUACACCAACAUGCAAUUCAGUUGCCUGAGGAGUACGAGGGAUUUUUGCUGAUCAACGCCCUCUUGCUCACCGACAUGGAGACCAAGAAUCUCUUGAACUUCACUCAUGGAUGUAUCCGAACAUCCUCAAUCAAAAACUGGUUGAGGAAAAAUGAGACUCGGCUUUCGGCCGCGGAACUUGGAGCCGACAAGGACAAGAAGAAGGUUCAGCAGUUGCUCUACACAGUGGACGAGGUCGAGCAAGAGGACAAGGUCUCUGAGUAUGAGUACGAUCCAGAUGACGAGAUUCAGGAGCUCGAGGCGCACAUCAUCGACUUGCAGAAGCCUGUCGACGACGAGGAGAUCAUCAGUGAGGCCGAGGCCGCAGAGAUCCUGGCAACUUUUGUGCAGCAGCGCAAAAAGAGCUACACCGAGUCGAUCAAGAACAAGAAGAGUCGGGAGCUAGCCCGCGGGUAUGGCAAUGGCCGAGCCGCUGCUGGGAAUUUCCACCAAGGCCAAUCUAGAGAUUAUCGUCGGCGACAAACCGAUGAAAGCAUCUCAGCACUCAAGAGACGAACCAGGUGUGCUCGCUGUGGGAUGAUCGGACACUGGAAAAGGGAGUGCCGUAAUCCUCCUUCGAAGUCGGACCGAUCUGACAGCAGCCGUGCCAGCGAAACCAACUACCUUGAGAACACCAAUGAGGUCUUCUUCAUCGGAGAGCAGGCUCACGAGACCAAGACCGAAGCAGCUGAAAUCAGCCUAGUAGGUCACUUAGAGCUUUGUACAGGUUUUGACAUUUUCCAAGAUGGUAGCGACAGCCGAGCAUACAUGGACAGCGGCCAGGCGAGUGGCAAGACUCUUCCGCAGUUCAUGAAUCACAAGAAUUUGAAAUUCUUCGUUUGCAAAACCCUCCAUUUGCCGCCGCAGCUCAGCUUUCAGGUAGACAGGAAGCUGCUGCAGAUUCUCAUCCCGUUCCACCUGAUGGUCGAACGGGUCUUUCGAGGACGUCGAGAUCAACCACGUCUUCUACGUCAAGCAGUUCGUCAUAUGGAGACCGAGGACCUCGAGGACUUCCACAACUUCAUCAUGGAGGAGAUCAGUCGCAGGAGCUACAACGUCGAGAACAAGAACAGCGAGGAGGACAGUUCUACGAGCGAGACGGAGUCAGAAUCCGUCUCAGUCAUGACUUGGAAGUCACCGAGCCCGACUUCAACGACGAGCAAACCUAUGGCCAAGAAGGCAUCAGCAAAAGGGAAGAUCGUGGAGAAGACGGGCAAGACGGCCGACGAGGUCUAUGGCAUCGAGAUGGUGGUCGGACCACGUCCUAUGUGCCUGUGCCAGAUGCCAUCACAGAUCCACGUCAGCCACACCUCGAAGAAUCCAGAUCGGAUGUUCUUUCGAUGCAUGAAGGAGCAGGGGACACAGUGCCGCUUCUUUCAGUGGUGCAUGGUGCAACCACUGCAGGAUGUGACAAGCUGGAAGCAUCGACAACAACCUGGAGAACCAGCGAAGACCGACUUCGAGAUCCUGACCAAGAUUGUCCAGGACGCAUGCCCUCACAUGAAGACUCAUGGAAAGGGGAGCAACGGGUCUGUCAGGAAGACCACAUGCUGCAGCUGCAACAAACUCCUGGCCGAGUUCUCAAACCCGAAGGCCACGAGCAGCAGCACGACCCUGGAGAAGGAGUUCGCCGAGUUCAAGGAGUACAUGAAAUGGAAAGACCGAAAGUACUCCAUCAAGAAAAGGACUGGCAACAAAUCAUGGAAGAAUUUGGAGAAGAUCCUGGAGAAGAACCGCAUCUUCCCGAUGAAAGACCCGGAGAUCAAGUAUGUCCAGAUCCUACAGAACCUGCAGGUCCCUGUGUUUCUGACGGGCAUCCUGCGGCAGUACUUCCAGUACCAGACAAGGAGGAAGGGAAAGACCUACCUCUGGCGAGCAGAUUCAACCUUAGCAGGCUGCUUCAGAGAGCCCAUGAAGGGCUUGGACAUCCGUCCAAAGAGAUACCGACACUGGACAAGAAUCUUUGGAGCGCCGAAGCGGGUGGCCAUUGACCUUGGCAGGGAAUUUCGGGCCGAAUUUGCAGCUCAAGCAGAGGCCGAUGGCAGUUACAUCGAUCCAGCCGCCGUCGAGCCACUGACCGAGUUCGAGAUCGGCGAGAUGGUCUACUUCUAUCGCAUGGGCGCCGACAAGAAGCUCAAAUUUCAUCCAGGAUAUUGGCAAGGACCAGCUAGGGUUGUCAUGAUUGAUCAGCCCAGCACACUAUGGCUCGCUCACCGAGGCUACCUGAUUAAAGCCAGCCCCGAGAGGACCCGAAGAGCCAGCGCCGAGGAGAACCUCACUAUCUCAGGAUGGUUAGAAGACAUAGUGAACAUGAAGAAGGACUUCCUCACCGAGCCGACCAAGGGCUACCUGGACUUGUCAGAUCAUCCACUACCACCGGAAGAGGGAGAACAAGAAGGAGAAGAAUCUGACGGCUAUGAACCUUCAAUAGCACCUGACCCGGAGGAGUUCCCAACAAUUGGAGAUGAUCCAGAGACCAAUAAGACCACAAGCUUUUGGCCUGUGAAACCACCUGACUACGAAGAACCUCAGCCAGAAGUAUCGGGACGAGAUCCUCCCGUUCCAGCUCCGCUACCAAACAUACAAGAAGAUCAACCUAUGGAUGAAACCCACAAACGAGAACAUGAGGGAAAUGAAGAAGAUCAACAUGAUGAACCAUCGACAAAGAGGUCCCGCACAGAGUACCUGGAGAUAUACUUUGCCAAGGUGGAAAGUCUCCUCAAAAGCAGACAAAAGAAGGAAAUGAGAUAUCAAGCACUCGAUGAAAGGAGCAAAAAGUGUUUUGACCAGGCCAUCAAGAAGGAAUUCAAGAACAACACCGACAUCGGGGCCUACAGAGCUUUGAGUGUGGAAGAAUCUGCCAGCAUACGACAAACCAUGCCAGAGAAGAUCAUGGAAAGCAGGCUCGUCUUGACCGCCAAACCUUUAGAACCACACGAAGUCGAACCAGCACGUCAAGAAGGACUUCUACUAGAUCGACAACCUGGUGAUCUAGAGGGAGAACCAUGUAAAGCAAAGGCAAGGCAUGUAAUGAAAGGAUACUCAGAAGAAGGAGCAGACGAGAUCGAAGCCGCAACUCCUCAGGUCACUCGAGAAGGUACGCUUACAGUGGCACAGCUGAUAGCCAGUUUUUGUUGGCGACUCGGCUUCCUGGACUUCACGCAAGCUUUUCACUCAGGAGACCGCAUCCAGCGGACCAUCUACACCACACAACCCCGAGAAGGCAUCCCCGGGCUAUCACCAGCACAACUCUUGAAGCUAGAGAAGGUUUGCUACGGUUUAACCGACGGCCCACUGGCCUGGUUCCUUCACUUACAAAAGUUCCUCACCACCAAACUGGGAUAUCGUCAGUCUCUUGCUGACCCAUGCAUCUACUACAAGAUCAACAAGAACGGAAAUCUCAGUGGACUCAUAGCAGUUGCAACCGAUGAUCUACUACAUGGUGGAGACGAAGAACACUUGGAAGCCAUGGCCGAGAUCAGAAAACACUACAAGCUUGGGAAGUACCAGUUCGACAAAGGCAAGUUCACAGGCAAGUACUUCGAGCAGAAGGAAGACUACAGCAUCGAGGUGAGUCAAGCCCACUACGUUGCAGAAAAACUUUUUGAAAUUCCAAUUCAGAAAUGCCGAAAACGACAAAGAUACAGCUUCUGCACAGAUUCGGAGAUCUCUCAACUCCGUGCCAGCAUCGGUGCACUAUCAUGGCUAUCGAAAGAAAGCCGCCCUGACCUAGCAGGACGUGUUGCUCUACUACAACAAGCCUUUCCAAAACCACGAGUCAAAGACCUCGUGGAAGCCAAUACGAUCACAGCAGAAGCCAAGAAAUAUCCCGAGAGCGGGAUAAAAAUCAUGCCCAUCAAACCCGAGAAUUUGCGGGUUAGCGUAGCAACAGAUGCCUCAUGGGCGAAUGCGAGAGACAAAGACAAGUUGGAGGAGAACUCAACAGAUUUUUGGGAAGAAACAUCAACUCACUGGAUAAGACACCAUGUGACGCCACGGAGAACACUAUUUCAUCCAGGAGCCACGGAUGGACCAGACUUACAUGGCCUACAACCUGGACGACGGACAGUAAGUGGACGAGGAGAAGUUUUGGAAGAUGAAUGGACGAAAGGUAACAGUAUACGAAUGUGGAGUGAAACCUCAUGGACAGGAGCUACCUACUUUGGCAAACAGCCAGCUGGUCAUGAGUUAGCUGCCAGCGAGAUCAACGACACCUUCCUGAAGCUCCUCAACUGCAGUAGCCAAGGAGGUUUUAUCAUGAUGUUUUAUGACAAACGGAUGGAAACAGAGAAACAACCUCACAUGGUUUCAGUGACGUCAUGGAAAUCAACAAAGUUAAAAAGGAAGACAGUCAAUACCCUCAGUGCGGAAUGCCAAGCACUGAUUUAUGGCGUUGGUCAAAUUCAUUGGCAUCGUUUCUUGCUUUUGGAGCUCAUGGGAAACGACAUGCAAGACCAUCAAUGGGAGAAGAAGCUCACCAGCAUCCCCUACAUAUCAGUGGUCGACUCACGGUCGCUCUAUGACUGUAUCAACAAGCUGGUCUGCACUUUCUCUCAGGUGGAGGACAAGCGUACUGCCAUCGACCUCGCCAUUCUCAAGGACGACAUGAACCGCACCAGCGGAAGUCUGCGAUGGGUCGCAGGAACGAACAUGAUUACCGAUCCAAUGACCAAAAGAAUGAAUUCUAGCUUUUUGAGACAUGUUUGUAAUCAAGGAUACUGGUCGCUAUCCGAAGAAGGAAAUUCCAGGCAACGUGAAGACCACGACUUGCUGCUAGUCAUGUUAGCUCGAUAA